AUGGGUGAUUCUAAUGAUAGUGGAGAUGAAAACACUACAGUGAACUCAAAUGAUGGAUCAACAAAGGAGAGAAGAAAGAUUGAAAUCAAAUUUAUUGAAAACAAAACGAGACGUCAUGUUACUUUCUCGAAACGGAAACACGGUAUUAUGAAGAAAGCUUUUGAAUUAUCAGUUCUUACUGGUACCCAAGUUUUGUUAUUGGUAGUUUCUGAGACUGGAUUAGUAUACACAUUUAGUACACCAAAAUUCGAGCCAAUUGUUACUCAACAAGAAGGUAGAAAUUUAAUUCAAGCAUGUCUAAAUGCUCCAGAUGAGGAAGAAGAAGAAGAAGAAAAUGAUCAUCAACAUAUUAACGCAAGCAAUACAAAUAAUAACAACAGCGAUAAUAUCUCAACAAAUAAUAACGAAAAUGUUAAUAGCAAUCCAAAUAAUGCAGGUUCAUUAAUUCAACAGCAGGGGCAUCUUCAAUCAAAUCAAUUAAUACCAAAUAUAAAGCAAGAUAAUGAUAUUGAUUCUCGUAAUAUACCUAACAAUGGUCAAUAUAACCACAAUCAAAUGGUCAAUCCACACAUGCAACCUAAUCUACAAUCCCAACAAAAUGGUCCAAAUUCUGGUUUAAUCCCAACUCAAGGUAUGCAGCCACAACCACAACAUGGUAACACAAUCAAUGUUCCUCCAAACGUUCAAGCUUCAUAUAACGCUUCACCAUCAUAUUUUAACAAUGAGCAAAAUGCAGUUUAUCAACAAUAUUUCCAAGAAUCUCAUCAGGGUCAAUAUUAG